AUGUUUAUUUUAUUAUUGCUUUAUUCUGUAUAAGCUUCAAAACAAGAUGCAUCAAUAAUUACUCAAAAAUUGAAUUCAACAACAUAUUAUGCUAUUAUGAAUCAAGUCAAAAUAUUAUAUGAAGACCCUAAUAGCUUUUAAAUCUUAUUAUGGAAAAGAAGUGAAUCUGAUCAUCGAGUUUAUUCCUACACAGAUAAUGAUUAUGAUUUAUUAAUUUAAGAAGAGAAUAAAUUAAAUGGAACACCUGGAUGCAGAGCAAUAUAAAAAUCUUUUCCUGUUUAAUAACUAUUGAGAAUGGGAUUACCAGCUGAUGAAAAAAUCUUUUAUACUGAUUUGAUUGUUUUAUAAAACAGAGCACUCAUUAUCAGAAAUGACUUCACAUUGCAUGAGAUAAAUUUAUCUCCAGAUCAGUUUAUUAAAACAAUAUAAUAGAAAAAACUUUUAAUAUAAUAAACAUCUACUAGUCAUCCCAUAUUUUUAUAAAACCCUAUAAAUAAAAGAGUAUAUAUAAUAUCAGAAAAUGGAGGUGUCAGUAUCCCAGAUUGGAUGUAUAUAUAGAAUUUAAUUAUUUAGUUCUUUAGAUUCAACAGCAUUUUUUAUAAAUGAAGAACCUUUCAAAAAAAGAUCAAUAAUUUAUGAUGCAUUUCUUAAAAAUGAUAAAAUAUAUGUAGUUUGCGGAAAUGAAGGGAUUGAUAUUUAUGGAUAUAAAGAUGGAAUCUUAAAAUAUGAAAAAGUUCAACUUAGAAUUGAUAAUUAACAUUUAGAUGCUGUUGAUAUUAGUGGAGAUGACGAAAGUAUUAAGAUUAUUAAAAUUUUAGAUUUAUUUAUAUUAGAUCAUAAUCGUGGUUUAUAUGUAUGUGAUUAUCAAUUUAAGAUGAAAUUUAGAGUGCCAAUAUUAAAGGGAAGUGAUUUUAAUCAUUAUAACAAUACUUUUUUUAUAAUAGCUGAAUCAAUAACUAGAUAAGAUUAUGCAGUUGAGGUUUUCUUAAAUUUCACAGAUAAUUCAUUUUACAUAAAUCAUUAUUACUUUGAUGAUAUGUAAUUUUAUGAUGUAAAAGUAUAUGAAGAUUAUGCUGUUUUAAUUGGCUAUGAAGUUCAUAAAAUCAUUCAGCAUACAAUUUAUUCUGAAUUUAUUAGAUACACCAGUAACAAUUAUUUUGAAUUUCCUUAACUCUUAUAACUUAAAUCAUGGAACAAUACAAUAGUUGGUUUAUCUAAAAAACAAAUUAGAUUAUUGAAUUUAACAAUGGCACCUGCUCAUAUAGAAUGUGAAUCUUAAGAAAUAUUUUAAGAAUAUUAUUUAGUAGGAAGCUAUUAUUAGAAUUCAUCAUAUCCCUUUGAAGUAACUAAAGUAAAUCAAGUAUUCAAAAUAGUAAUAGAUGAUGUAUCAUUACUAUCAAAAGCUAAUCUUAUCCUUUUAGUUAUUGCAUUUAUAAUAAUAUUUAUUAUUGCAUGGUUAUUAGUUAUAGGAAUGAUAUGUUAUAAAAAAUGCAAAGAUCGAACUGAGAAAUUAGAAGAAAGCAAGAAGUUUUUAACUAACUAAUAUAAAAUCGAUAAAGAAGAUGGACCUGGUUAAGAAUUAUCAGCAUUAUGA